AUGAGUUACUUUGGGGAGAUCCUCACAGCUGUCGGUGAGUUCGGAGCAUUUCAGAAGCGUCUGCUGGUGGCAACCUGCAUUCCUAAUAUCUGCAUGGCCUUCCACGUGUUCGGACAGGUGUUCACAGGGAUAAGUGUGGCGCACCACUGUAGCACUGACUGGAUCCUGAAGCUGAGCCCCAACCUAACGAGACAAGAGCAGUGGAAUCUAACACUGCCCAAGGAGAAGGACGGCUCCUUUAAGAAAUGUGAGAUGUACGCUCCGGUCGACCGGGAUAUUGAGUUCAUUAAGGCGUACGGACUGAACUCCACUGUGCAGUGUCAAGAUGGGUGGGUUUAUGACACGUCGCAGUACAAGUCAACGUUAGUGACUGAGUUUAAUCUGGUUUGUGGUAACAGUGGACUCAAUGAGCUGUCCCAGUCUAUCUUCAUGGCUGGUCUCCUUAUUGGAGCCCUGGUGUUUGGCCCACUAGCUGACAGAAUUGGUCGCCGGCCCGUCGUUCUCCUCUCAAUAUGUCUGCAGUUUGCAUCUGGGAUUGCUGCUGCGUUUUCACCAAAUAUUUACGUCUACAUCUCCCUUCGUUUUGUUGUUGGCACCACCAUAUCCGGGCUAAUGAUCAAUAUUUUUGUGUUGGGCACAGAGUGGUAUGGAAUCUCCAAGCGUUCCUUUUCCAUCAUCCUCACCCAUGCUGCCUUUUCAUUGGGGCUGAUGGUUCUGGCUGGCAUGGCAUACGGUGUUCGGGAGUGGAGGGCCCUGCAGCUUGGGCUGUCUGUUCCGUUAGCACUCACUGGCAUUUUCUUCUGCAUUCUUCCGGAAUCAGCCCGCUGGCUUCUGACCCAAGGAAAGCAGGAGGAAGCGAAGAAGCUGAUCCUAAAAGCUGCGAGUGUGAAUAAACGCACAGUGCCAGAGACCCUGCUUCAACAGAUGGAAGGUGAGAAGUCAGGCAAGACCGGAAGUGUAUUAGAUCUGUUCAGAAUACCCCGUCUGAGGAGAAUCACACUAGUCAUGUGCUAUAUCUGGUUCGUGACCAGUCUUGUGUACUAUGGAUUGGGCCUCAAUGUCGGUAAUUUCGGGCUGGAUAUUUAUUUGACCCAGUUUGUUUUUGGCUUGGUGGAGAUCCCUGCACGUAUUGGAUCAGUCCCUCUCCUGGAGAACUUCGGCAGGAGGAAAUGUCAGGGAGCUGUCCUACUUUUGGGCGGGGCAGCUUGUCUUCUCAUUAUAGCCAUUCCUGAAGAUGUAUCUGUUGCAGUGACUGUGCUGGCUGUACUAGGGAAGUUUGCCAUUGCUUCCUCCUUUUCCAUUUGCUAUGUGUACAGCGCUGAGCUGUUCCCAACAGUUGUAAGGCAGACCGGUGUUGGCUUGGUGUCCAUGUCGGCCCGUGUUGGGGGCAUCAUCGCCCCGCUGAUCAGACUCCUGGAGGUGUAUCACAGCUCCAUUCCUCUGGUUAUAUAUGGGGUCACCCCAUUGAUUGGGAGUGUCCUUUGCAUCCUACUGCCAGAAACACUGAACACUGAGCUGCCAGACCACACCUAUCAAACUGAUAGGAGCCACCAGCCAGCCAUGCAGAUACCCCAGAGCUACAAUACUGGAGGACCACGCAGCUCGGGGCCGCUUGCAGGCAGGCCCGCAGGUGCACGGCCAGUCUACGGGGGUCGCUGA